UUCAUAGAAAAAUAAAAGAUAGGCUUUAAAGUUUUUAGUGUAGAUUCUUGAAUUCUAAAGAAAAUUCAAAAGAAGAAACCAAAGAUGAAGUUUGGGAAAGAGUAUGUUUCACAGAUGAUUCCAGAAUGGCAACAAGCUUACAUGGACUAUGCUUGUCUCAAAACCAUCCUUCGAGAAAUCCAAACAUCGAAGAAAAGAUCAGAGAGACAACAAGGUGACUUGAAACCCAAGGUACCCGCUCGCCGAAGCUUCAGUGGCAUGACAAAGCGGUACAGCCGCAACUUCUCGUCUCGGGAUAUCGAAAACCAGGAUAUUCUAGUUCACCAAACGAUUGGAGAUGACGGGUUUGAGAAGUACGAGACGACGAUCUUGAAAGUGGCAGAAGCAGGGAGAGAGUCAGAGCUUGUGUUCUUCAAAACCCUAGAUCUUGAGUUCGAUAAAGUGAACCAUUUUUACAAGUCUAAAGUGGAAGAGUUGGUGAAGGAGGCAGUGGUUUUGAAUAGACAAAUGGAUGCUCUGAUUGCUUUCAGGAUCAAAAUCAACCAAACUUCUUGUUUAUGGAGCUGUUCUGAAACUGUAUCGGUCGAUAUCAAUGCCUUGGAUGCUAAGGAACAGAAAGGGAAGACAUUAGCUGAAGAGACAGAAAUCAAAGUAGAAGACAAUGGAUCCAACGGUGGAGAUUCAAGUGUACUAAAGGAGUUAAGUGUUCUUGACCGUAUUAGAUUAAACAAGAAUCAAGAAACUCCUCUGUGCACAAUUAGAAACGUCCUCAAGCUCUCUAACCAUGAAGAGCUCAAAUUCACAAGAGAGAAUCUCAAGAAAAUUGAAGAACGGCUUAAGAAUGUCUUCAUCGAUUUUUAUCGCAAGCUUCGACAUCUCAAGAACUACAGCUUCUUGAACACUUUAGCCAUUUCCAAGAUCAUGAAGAAGUAUGAUAAGAUUGCUUCAAGAAAUGCAGCAAAGCUAUACAUGGAGAUGGUAGAUAAGUCCUACCUCACUAGCUCUGAUGAGAUCAACAAGCUUAUGUUGAGAGUUGAGUCUAUUUUCGUCGAGCAUUUCGCCAGUUCGAAUCGAAGCAAAGGAAUGAAUCUCUUAAGACCAAAAGUGACGAAAGAAAAACAUCGAACGACGUUUUCCACUGGCUUUUUCGUCGGUUGCACAGUCUCUCUGUUGAUUGCUCUUGGCAUGUUUGUCCAUGCUCGGAAUAUAAUGGGUGCGGCCGGACAUAAACUCUACAUGGAGACAAUGUUCCCUCUAUACAGUCUAUUUGCAUUUGUGGUUCUGCAUAUGAUCAUGUAUGCUUCAAACAUAUACUUUUGGAAGCGAUAUCGAGUAAAUUACCCGUUUAUAUUUGAAUUCAAAGAAGGGACAGAGCUUGGUUACAGACAUGUCCUGCUUCUAAGCUUUGGCCUCGGGACACUUGCUCUUUGCGCUGUUCUAGUAAACCUUGAUAUGGAGAUGGAUCCUAAUACUAAUGACUACAAAACCUUCACUGAACUUGUCCCUGUUUUUGUUGUCGGUAUAGUGAUAGCUAUUUCUAUAUGUCCCUUCAACAUUUUUUAUCGGUCAAGCCGCUUCUUCUUCCUCGUGGUUCUAUUCCGUUGCAUCGCUGCGCCGCUCUACAAGGUUAAUCUUCCAGACUUUUUCUUAGCAGACCAAUUAACAAGUCAGGUUCAAGCACUGAGGAGUCUAGAGUUUUACAUAUGUUACUAUGGGUGGGGAGACUUCAAACAGAGGAGAAACACUUGCAAAUCAAGCAAUGUAUACAGCACAUUCUACUUUAUCGUCGCUGUGAUACCUUACUGGUCACGUUUCCUUCAAUGUGCUCGAAGAUUAAUCGAAGAGAAAGAUAUAAGCCAAGGCUUCAAUGCUCUCAAGUACUUAUUGACCAUUGUAGCUGUAUGUUUAAAAACAGCUUAUAGCUUUAACAGAGGAAAUGCCUGGAGACUAGCUACAUGGGUCUUCUCGGUCUUGGCAACACUUUAUGGAACAUAUUGGGACAUUGUUUAUGAUUGGGGAUUGCUUCAUAAACCGUCUGAAAAUUUGUUGAGAGAGAAGCUUCUUGUUCCUCACAAAUCUGUCUACUACAUUGCAAUGGUCUUAAACGUUGUGUUGAGGUUGGCCUGGGUGCAGACUGUGCUAGAUUUCAAUAUCUCGUUCUUACAUAGAGAAACAAUGAUUGCUCUUAUUGCUAUUCUUGAGAUCAUACGACGCGGUAUUUGGAAUUUCUUUAGGUUGGAGAAUGAACAUUUGAACAAUGUUGGAAAGUUCAGAGCGUUCAAAUCAGUUCCAUUACCAUUCAACUACAACGAAGACGAAGAUCGAAUCAGCUAGCUUGUAGAUUGGAUCAAAUCAAGGUUUUUUUUUCAAUGAGUGAAGUUUCAAUUGUGUAGUUGUGUUCUUAGGUAUUACUUUUAUUUGUUUGUGAAUUGUAAAAAUAUAUAACAAUUGGAAUGAGAUUAUUGCAAUAUUGAUGGUUUCUGCA